GUUCAUUCAGUUUUCACAGCUCUCGGAAAGCUCGUCAAACGUCGCAUUAGGUUUCGACGCGACAGUCGGGUCAAAAUAAUUAAUAAGAUAUAAAACGCGUACGAAAUUACUAACAAAUUGCAAUGUUUUGCGCACUUGGAAAAUGUUAAUAAGUAUUACUCUGCGAUAAAUUUGUUGGUGUGGUCGUUUAGGCGUGCGUAUAUAUGUAUGUGUGUGUAUGAUUUGUUUGUGAAUAUGUAAACAAAAGUGAAUAGGUGUAAAGUUGAAAGCGUUAAGUUAAGUGCUAAAGUGUCUAAUUAAUUUAAGUAAUAUCAAAUGAGCACAAGCGAUCUAGACUUGGAGUCCUGCGCGCUAUUGACCGGCAUUACAGUCGAAACUGCCGCCAACGACUCCAACGCUAACGCUAACGCCCCCGCCUUAGCCCCGCCCACUGUCAGGACACGCACUAAGCAGCGCAUCAGCUUAAAUUCAAAACGUCGACGCAGCCGCAUGUCCCGACGCGCAAAUCUCAUUGGCAUCUGCGGCAUAAGCAGUUUGUGCAUACUGCUGCUGAUUGCCACCACGCAGCGCCGUCCCUCCAUGUCUCCCUUCAGCAGCAGCAGCGCUGGAAGUGUAGGUGGAAGCAACAGCGCCGCUCUCGCUUCCAAUCAGCUUCCACGCAGCAGCUACUAUGAGCGGCAGCAGCAGCCAUCACAAACGGCCGCCACAAUUUACAAUAUGACAGCGACCAUAGUGGAUGUCCUGGCUGGGCAGCGUGCGCGCAUUCUCCAGGAAAUGGAAAACUUCGAGUAUCCGCGCGGCGGUGCCGAAAAGCUAAAUGAUAUGACACCCGAAACGGGGGGCACACCAGUGCGGAGCAUUGUGGUCACCACCUGGCGUUCGGGCUCCACGUUCCUGGGUGACAUUUUAAAUGCAAUGCCCGGCAAUUACUAUCACUAUGAGCCACUGUUAGAUUUUGGCAUUAAACAGGUGCGCGAGCCUGAGGAACAACAGUUCGCUGUACAAAAUCUUAAGAAUUUGCUCAAUUGUGAUUACGCCGAUAUGUCCGACUAUUUGGAAUAUGGCAAAACGCACACUUAUUUAUUUGAACAUAAUCAACGAUUGUGGGAAGUGUGUCGGGAAUAUCCACGCUUCUGUUGGCGUCCCGCCUUCUUGACGCCCUUCUGCCGACUCUUUCCCAUACAGAGCAUGAAGACGGUGCGACUGCGUCUUGCUCAAGCCGAAGAGCUGUUAAAGGAUGAAAGGUGAUGUAGCUGAACG